GCUAGCUACGGUCAUCUUUCCCCGCCGUUGUAAGUCUCGAUUUGCGUAAGGCUUUGAAACGAUUUCUUUCGGCGAAAACCACAACUCCCAUCGCACUAAGACCCCCCAGAUAUCGAGCUUUUGUGGUGCUUUUCCGACCGGGUCGAUUCACCCCCCAUUUCCCGAUUCCGGCCUGACCUCCAUCGGUGGGUGGGCCGUGGCCUGCCAUCCCUUAAGUGAGAAUGGCCGAUGCGGCCGCUCGCUCGCUCCAAUAUGAGUACAAGGCCAAUUCGAAUUUAGUGCUUCAAGCCGACACACGGCUCAUCGAGAAGCGCGGCCGUGAUGAGUCCACGGGCGAGGUUCUUUCGCUCACGGGCAAGCUCCUGGGCACCAAAAUGGGCGACCGGGCCGUCCGGACUCAACCCACUGAGCUCAAGGCCAAGGAGCGGGAAAAGGCCGCCAAACGAGCCGGCAAAUCACGGAAAGCCGCCGCCCAAUCCAGCGGAGCUUAUCAUUCCGGCAUGGGACUGAGGGCGGGACAAAGCGUCUUGGCGCUAGAGGGGGGUGGGGCCGGGCGAGGGGGUGGCAGUGGCGGCCAUAAUUGGGGCGGGGGGUUAGAUUCGUCCUUGUAUCAACCCAAAACGGCGGAGACCCGCCAGACGUACGAGAUUUUGCUGAGUUUCAUCCAAGAAGCUUUGGGCGAUCAACCCCGAGAUAUUUUAACGGGCGCCGUGGAUGAAGUGUUGGUCACGCUCAAGACUCCCAAUCUCAAGGACAAGGAAAAGAAGGUCGAAACCGAGGCCCUGCUGGGUGUGGGGUUGAGCGAGGCUAAGUUUGCUCUGCUCACCAAUCUGGGCAAGAAAAUCACGGAUUUUGGCUUGGAUGAACGGGCCGAUGCGGAAGCAGGAGUGGGGCCCAAGUCCGGGGCGGAUGAUAUCGAUGAAACUUACGGCAUCAACGUCCAGUUCCAGGAUUCGGAUGAUGAAGCCUCGGACGAUGACGAAGAAGAAGAUGACGCCAUGGACGAGGCUGACGAGGCCGGACGCCGCCUGGAGGGUGAUGACCGAGACGACCCCUCAGGUGAAUUGGUUGGGGAUGGGGCGGAAGAGGGACGGGCCUCUGAGAGUGGUGGACUGCGCCUCAAUAAAGAAGAACGUGAAGCCUUGAAUCUGGAACGUCGGAGCGGAAAUGCUGCCCGUAAGGGCGGACUUUUGCAUCCAUCUGACAUUGACGCCCAUUGGUUGCAACGUGAGUUGGCCAAAUACUUUCCGGAUGCCAAUGUGUCGCAACAGAAAUCCAAGGAAGUGCUCGAGGUGUUGGAUGCUGCCAUGGACAAGCGUGAAUGUGAGAACAAGCUAGUGUUGCUUUUGGGGUACGAUUGCUUCGAAUUCAUCAAAGUCUUGGUGACCAAUAAGAAUAUGAUUGUGUAUUCCAUCCGAUUGAAGUUGUGCCAGAACGAUGAAGAAAGGGAGAAGCUCAUGGCCGACAUGCGACAAAGCAAGACCUUGUCCAAGAUGCUCGAUAUGUUGGAAGGUAUGCCAACCGAUUCUCAAAUGGCCAAAGACAAACGAGCCUCCGAUCGGAAAGCCGAUGGUUCCAACGCCAACGGGAAAGAUGUCGAAAUUUUAAAUGAGCCUGUUCUCCAGACUUUGAACCUAGAGGAGCUGGCUUUCGCCAAAGGAUCGCAUUUCCGCGCAAAUAAACGAUGCCAAUUACCCGAAGGUUCGUUUCGCAAGCAGGAAAAAGGCUAUGAAGAGGUCCACGUUCCGGCCUUAAAACCGAAGCCUUUGGGGGAGAAUGAGUCCAAUGUGACCAUUGAGAAGCUACCAGCCUAUGCUCGACCGGCUUUUGAAGGCUACAAGUCUCUCAAUCGCAUUCAAAGUAAAUUGAGCGACACGUGCUUGAACAGUGACGAGAAUGUACUUCUUUGUGCUCCCACGGGAGCAGGUAAAACCAACGUGGCCCUACUGACCAUGCUGCGAGAAAUUGGUAAACACGUAGAUCCUAAUGGCGCUAUCCGGGGUGAUGAAUUCAAGAUCAUCUACAUUGCCCCCAUGAAGUCUUUGGUGCAAGAGAUGGUGGGCAGCUUUUCGAAACGUUUAGCCGUGUUCAAUAUCAAAGUGGGGGAACUCACUGGCGACAGUCAGAUGUCCAAGGAGCAGAUUCAAGAGACUCAAAUCAUUGUUUGCACCCCUGAGAAAUGGGACAUCAUCACCCGUAAGGGCAUCGAACGAACCUACACGCAAUUAGUGCGACUCAUCAUCUUUGACGAAAUUCACUUGCUCCAUGAUGACCGUGGUCCUGUUUUAGAAAGUAUCGUGGCUCGAACCAUUCGACAUAUGGAGAUGAGUCAGGAAGAAGUCCGACUUGUUGGACUCUCGGCCACUUUGCCCAACUAUCAAGAUGUCGCCACAUUCCUCCGCGUGAAUAAGAAGACGGGUCUGUUCUAUUUUGACAACAGUUAUCGGCCGGUUUCUUUGGAGCAGCAAUUCAUCGGCGUCACGGAGAAGAAGGCUAUGAAACGACAUCAGCUCAUGAACGAAAUUGUUUUCAAGAAGGUCAUGACUCGUGCGGGGAAGAGCCAGAUCCUCGUCUUCGUUCACAGUCGCAAAGAAACGGCUAAGACGGCCAAAACUCUGAAGGACAUGUGCCUCGAGCGAGACACUUUGGGGGCUUUUUUGAAAGAAGGUGGAGUAUCCAUGGAGGUUCUACGAUCCGAAUCCGAGCAAGUCAAGAAUACCGACUUGCGUGAUCUUUUGCCCUAUGGCUUCGCAAUUCAUCACGCCGGAAUGAAUCGAGUGGACCGAAGUCUUGUCGAAGAUCUCUUUGCUGAUGGGCACAUCCAAGUCUUGGUCUCCACCUCCACUCUCGCUUGGGGUGUGAAUUUGCCGGCUCACACGGUGAUCAUCAAAGGCACUCAGAUCUAUAGCCCAGAUAAGGGCCGAUGGGUCGAGUUAGGAGCCCUGGAUGUACUUCAAAUGCUGGGACGAGCGGGUCGACCUCAAUUUGACACCAAGGGCGAGGGAAUCCUCGUGACUAACCAUUCCGAGCUACAGUUCUACUUGUCACUGCAGAAUCAACAACUACCCGUCGAGUCUCAGAUGGUGUCCAAACUGCCGGACAUGCUCAACGCUGAGCUCAUCUUGGGCACCAUUCAGAAUAUGGAAGACGCUGUCACUUGGUUGGGCUAUACGUAUCUGUUCGUGCGAAUGAUGCGCAACCCUACCCUGUAUGGGAUCCCUUUCGAAGCCGUGGAAAAUGACAAGAAAUUGGAAAAAUUCCGUGCCAGUUUGAUUCACACCGCAGCUCUUCUCCUCGAAAAAAGCAACUUACUCAAAUAUGAGCGGAAAACUGGUGCCAUGCAACCCACCGAACUUGGCCGCAUUGCCAGUCAUUACUAUUGCAGUUAUGAGACCAUGCUCACAUUCAAUCAGCUGCUGAAGCCCAAUUUGAGCGAGAUCGAACUCUUCCGGAUUUUCUCGCUCUCUGGCGAAUUCAAGAACAUUGGCGUGCGGGAUGAGGAGAAACUGGAGCUCCAUAAACUUAUGGAACGAGUACCCAUUCCAGUGAAAGAGAGCGUAGAGGAGCCUUCAGCCAAAAUCAAUAUUCUUCUUCAAGCUUAUAUAUCGCAUUUGCAAUUUGAGGGAUUUGCCCUGAUGAGUGACAUGGUGUUCGUGACUCAAUCAGCCAGUCGAUUGAUUCGAGCCAUUUUUGAGAUUGUCAUGGUCCAUGGUUGGGCACAGCUGGCUGACAAGACGUUGUCUUUGUGCAAGAUGAUUGAUCGCCGCUUGUGGCAAUCCAUGUCGCCUUUGAGACAAUUUAAGAAGAUCCCCAUGGAUAUCAUCAAAAAGAUCGAGAAGAAAAACUUCACUUUCGAGCGAUUUUAUGACCUUGGUCCCAACGAAAUCGGGGAGCUUAUUCGAAUGCCAAAGCUAGGCAAAGCGAUUCAUAAGUUCAUCCACCAGUUCCCCAAGUUGGACCUGAUCAGUCACAUUCAGCCAAUCACCCGCUCUACAUUGAGCAUUGAGUUGACCAUAACUCCAGAUUUCCAAUGGGAUGACAAAGCUCAUGGUCACAGCCAAGGAUUCUGGGUGUUUGUGGAGGAUGUGGACUCCGAAAUCGUGCUCCAUCACGAGUUCUUUCUUCUGAAGAAAGCCUUUGCCCAAGAUGAACAUACUCUCAAGAUGUUCGUGCCCAUUUUUGAGCCCUUACCCCCUCAGUACUUUAUUCGUGUGGUUUCGGAUCGUUGGAUCGGAUCCGAAACUGUCCUGCCCGUCUCGUUCCGACACUUGGUGUUGCCAGAGAAGAAUUUGCCCCCCACAGAAUUAUUGGACUUGCAGCCGUUGCCCAUCACAGCGUUGCGUAAUGAAGACUUCGAGAAGCUGUAUUCCCAUAAAGUGGUCCAAUUCAAUCCCAUUCAAACGCAGACCUUCAACAUUCUGUACAACUCGGACGACAAUGUUCUCAUUGGAGCGCCCCCGGGUUCGGGCAAGACCCUAUGCAUUGAGUUUGCCAUGUUGCGACUCUUUGGCGGGGAUCGAACCGACGUUCGUUGUGUUUACAUGGCUCCUUUGCAAUCGGUCGCCGAAAUCGCUUUUGCCGAGUGGCACACCAAGUUUGCUCCUUUGGGCGUGCGAACAGUUCUUUUGACCGGAGAGACGUCCACCGACUUGAAACUCAUCGCCAAGGGGAAUAUUAUUGUGUGCACGCCCGAGAAAUGGGAUGUGCUCUCCCGUCGAUGGAAACAAAGGAAGAACGUUCAAAACGUGCAAUUGUUCGUGGCCGAUGAGAUUCAUCUUGUGGGUGGAACCUUGGGGCCCAUCAUGGAAGUGGUGUGCUCUCGGAUGAGAUACAUUUCGUCCCAAUUGGAGCAGCCCAUCCGCAUUCUAGGCGUAGGCUCGUCGAUGGCCAAUGCCAAGGACUUGUCCAACUGGCUGGGGUGUGGUACCAAUGCCACGUUUAACUUUCAUCCCAAUGUGCGCCCCACACCUUUGGAAUUGUACAUCCAAGGAUUGAACAUCAAUCACAACGCGUCGCGUCUCUUAGCCAUGGCUCGUCCCGUGUUCAAUGCCAUCACGAAGCAUAGUCGGCGCAAACCCGUGGUGGUCUUUGUGCCCUCUCGGAAACAAACCCGAUUGACGGCCAUAGAUUUACUAACGUUUGCUGCGGCUGAGAACACCCCGGAAUGUUUCCUUCACGCUGAUUUCGAAGAUAUUCGAUCGUUCGUGGAGAAGGUAACCGACAAGACAUUGAAAGAGACCUUGUGCCAAGGCGUUGGAUAUCUUCACGAGGGCUUGUCCAAGUCGGAUAAGAAUUUGGUCGAGUCGUUGUUUGAUUCAGGUGCCGUUCAAGUGCUGGUUGUGUCUCGAUCUCUCUGCUGGGCUGUCAAUCUCCAAUGCUAUUUGGUGGUCAUCAUGGACAGCCAGUACUACAAUGGAAAGCACCAUGCUUACCACGAUUACCCACUGACUGACGUUCUCCAAAUGAUCGGCUUGGCUAAUCGCCCCGGCCAAGAUUCGGAUGCCAAGUGUGUGCUUCUUUGCCAAGCCUCGAAGAAGGAUAUGUUCAAGAAGUUCUUGUACGAACCCUUGCCCAUCGAGAGCCACUUGGACCAUUGCCUGCAUGACCAUUUCAACGCCGAGAUCGUUACUAAAACCAUCGAGAACAAGCAAGAUGCCGUCGACUAUCUCACAUGGACCUUGCUUUAUCGCCGUCUGACUCAAAAUCCCAAUUACUACGGUAUGCAGGGCAUCUCUUAUCGCCAUCUCUCGGACCAUCUCUCUGAAAUUGUGGAGAGUACUCUCUCCGAGCUGGAACAUUCAAAGUGCAUUGCCAUUGAAGAUGAGAUGGAUACAUCGCCCUUGAAUUUGGGCAUGAUUGCCGCCUAUUACUACAUCAACUAUACCACCAUCGAGUUAUUCAGUAUGUCUUUGAACAGUAAGACCAAGAUCCGUGGGCUCAUCGAAAUCGUGGCGAGUUCAGCGGAAUUCGAAGAAAUUCCAUUGCGUCAUGGUGAGGAGGCCCUAUUACGCACCCUUUCCACUAAAUUGCCCAACAAGGUCACUAGUGGCAAAUUCAACGACCCUCACGUGAAGGCCCAGAUCCUCAUCCAGGCCCAUUUGUCUCGAAUUCAGCUCUCGGCCGAGUUGCAACAAGAUGCAGAAAUGAUUGUGGGCAAAGCCAUUCGACUCAUUCAGGCUUGCGUGGACGUGCUCUCGUCAAAUGGAUGGUUGGCGCCAGCCAUUGCCGCCAUGGAACUCUCUCAAAUGGUGACCCAGGCCAUGUGGAACAAAGAGAGCUACCUCAAACAAAUUCCCCACCUCACGCAAGAGAUCAUUGAGCGAUGCGUGGCUAAUAAUAUUGACUCGGUCUUUGACAUUGUAGAACUCGAGGACAUUGAUCGAGACAAGCUUUUGCCCUUGAGCCAAGAUGAAAUGGCGGAUGUGGCCCGAUUUUGCAACCGCUAUCCAAACAUUGAGAUGGCUUAUUCCAUCGUGGACAAGGAAGAAUUGACGACUGGAGAUGUGGUUAACGUGGAGGUCAAACUCGAGCGUGAAGAUGAAGUGACUGGACCUAUCAUUGCUCCGUUCUUUCCCACUAAAAGAGAAGAGGGUUGGUGGGUUGUGAUUGGGGAUCCCAAAUCCAAUACCUUGCUUUCCAUCAAGCGCCUGACCUUGCAACAGAAAGCCAAAUUCAAGUUGGAUUUCGUGGCACCUCGAGCUGGAAAGUAUAAUUAUACCUUAUUCUUUAUGUCGGACUCGUACUUGGGUUGCGAUCAAGAGUAUAAACUGAGUGUGGAUAUCAAAGAAGCCGAUCACUCGCGGCGACGUGAAAAGUCUGACAGUGAAUGAGAAUCAUGAGCCCAUGUACAAGACCACGACGCAAUUUGUAAGAUAAGUUCACCCGGAAGAAUGAAAUGAAAUAAACGCCAAUGGUGGCAUUUGAAAAAAGCAUGUAUUUCUAGGUCAUUAUUUUUGGCAUAUUUCUUGGCGAGAUGGUUGAUGUUCAGGGUGUAAAGAAAGUAUUCUCCGUGGCAACAAUUCGAAGUUGCUUGGCUGAUGUUUUUUCGUCUGACAGGCAAAAUGAGCAGCAGUAGGGAUAGACAGUGAAAGUGAGCCUGGGUUGAAUUUCCAAUUCCAUAGGUUGAUACCCCUAGUCGGGGGUGGUCCACUGCGGGGGUGGGUCUUGUACUUAACGGCAUAAUCUGUCAUCAGAAGAUGUUUUUCCGAUCUGAUCUGGGCUUGGCUGUGGCUGCCUCAAUUUCCGAGAGCUCCACGUCAAUGGCUCCGCGAGUAUCAUACAGAGCCGGUGCUUGAAGGAUAAUCCCAGCCGAACCGACCAAGACUGCGACUGUGAAUAUCCAAAGAAACAAGCGAUCCAGGACCAUGGCCACGUACUUCCAGUCCUCUUUGACUUUACUUGAGUCCUCUUCUCGUUUUGUGCAUUCGGCAAUGUAUCGAACCCCGUCUAGAGCUCGAUAGAUUUCC